AAAAACAAAAAAUAUAAAAUCAAAAUCAAAUAAAAUCAAAGAUAAUAAUAAUUAAAUAAACAAACAAACAAAAGUAAGAAAUAUAAAGUACAGUUGAAUUAUAAAUUAAUAAAAUCAAAGUACUCUCUAUUAUAAAAUCAAAUUACAAACAAAGAACGGUAGUUUUAAUAGUAAAACAUAUAGGAAAGCAAGUCAUAAAAGGCAUCUGUUUUUACUAAGCAAAAUAACAUUAGAAAUUCAAUAGAAGGCGACGUUUCAUAGUAAAUGAUUCAAUAGCAAUACAUCUAGCAGAACAUGUAAAGAGGGCAGUCAGCAAAGCACGCACGUUCCAAAUCUACUACAACACCUUAAAAUUAUUUACAAUAAGUUUAAUAACAGUCUUAGUAGUAGCCUUACUAGAAUUUGAAUUAAUAUGCUUCGUUGCAAGGUUAACAGUAGUAACUACAAUAGCAACAAUAGCUAAAUAUUCAAUUUCAAUAAACUCCUUAAUAGUCGUAUUUAUAAUCCUCUAAUUAGCAGCCAUUAUCUGUGUUGAAUCAAUAAUAGCAGUAAUACACAGAGCAACCAAAGAGAACUCUAAAGCCUAAAGAUCUCAAUAACUGCAAUUCAAUUCCGAAUGAUUCUAUGAAUAGAAAAUGUGUAACUCCUCUUGAUAAAGAUAGCAGAAAUAAAAAACCUCAAAGUGGAUAGCGCCCAUCCUCGAAAGAACAACGAAAAUCUACAAAAGUUAACUUAAAUUCACCAGACAAAUAUCAUAGUGCAUAGCAUUCAAGAACUAUCUCGCAUACAUAGGAUGCUGCGAGUUAUGUAAAACAAGUUCUUUAAUAACCCUCAACAAAGGGCAAUGGAUCUUAAAAUAGCAAUUCAGUUAAAAAUAAUAGUUCAAAUAAUGGGAAUUUAUUACGUUAGUCUUAGCAAAAUAAGUUAAACAGCAGUAUGAAUAAUGGUAUUCUUUCUAUUUUAAAUUAAAGCAACGGAUCCAGCUCUAAGGGGGAGAAUAAAGAGAUAGUUUAGCUUUCAGGAUACCCUGCUAACACUUUAAAUACAUCGUAGAAUUAAAGAAAAACUUCUUCAAUGUCCUCAAAAAACGUUCCAUUACCCAAAAAUAGUGGAACUAUGCCAUCUUCCGCUACUCAUUAAGGAAGUAAUAAUCUUAACUUAUCAUAUAACUCAAACUAUUAUUACAAAAAUGGGAUUGAUUUAGUAGGAAGUAGCAAUAAUUCUAAACCUUAAACAAGAUAAUAAAGAGCAAAUAAUUCAGUAUAUCAACCAUCAACAGGUAGCGCUCAAAUAAAUACACCUUAAUUGCAAUAGUUUUAGAUAGGUUUCAAUCAAAAAGUAUAGCCAAAUUAGCAAUUAAUUUUCUCAUAGAAUUAGCCUCCCUACACAUAUUCAUCUCCUAAUUCAUAGCAACCAUAGCAAUAAAUUAAUAUGCAUUAAAUUCCAAUUCAUGCUCAUCACCAGCGUAGUAUUUCAUAUGGCACUGGGCACCAUAGCUUCAAUAUCCCCUCUAUUGGCGAGGUGAAUGAACAUCCUGCUGUAUUUUCUAAUACAAAUCCACAUGUUACAUACAAUUAAAAUAGCUAAAUUAAUGGUGGGGUUGGAAUUAGCCGUCAAAUUUAAUAAGGCAAUUUCAACUAAAGUAUUCCAAACACUUUAUCUUAAUCUUUCAACAAAGAUGAAGAAUAACAAUUUUUGAGAAAUUCAACUAAAUUCCCUCAUUCAAGUGUAGCUAAUGGAAAUUCUCAUCCUUAGACCAUUCUCUCUACAUAUUCUUCUCAACAAAAUCAAAUUAAAAAGAAAAUUAUGCAAAACUCAUCUUCUUCUUCUCAUCAAUCUCAGUCUUCAUAAUAAAUGCAAUAACAUCAAUAUCAAAUUUAGCAAGCAGCAUAUAAAAAUGAAAAAGCAUUUGACUUAUUGCAGAAGGGUAAAUAAUCGUUUAAAGAAAAUAACAUUGAAGAAGCACUGAAAUAUUUCUAAGAAGCUAUGAAAGAAGAGCCAAUGAUGCUAGAAAGCUAAUAUUUGUUAGGAGUGUGCUAUCUUUCUUCUAGCCAGUAUUAAAAGGCAAUUGAGUAGUUUUGCGAUUUACUUGAAAAGAACGAACACUACAAGAGAAACGUUUAUCUUUUAAUUGCAAUUGCUUAUAAAAAAAUAAAUACAAUUGAUGCUGCUAUUCAAAUAUUAAGAAAAGCCAUACAAUAAUAUCCUAAAUACUAUGAUGCAUUUAUAUAUAGAGGUAAACUGUAAGUAAAAAUGAAGAGAUUUGAUAAAGCUAUCUCAGAUUUCGAUAUCGCUAUUAAAUUAAAUACUUAAUGUGGACUUGGAUAUAUGGGUAAAGCAGAUUGCCUAAGAUUUAUGGGUGAAUAUGAUAAGGCUAUAAGCCUCUACACUUAGGCAUUAGAAAAAGAAGAAAUUAUUGCUAAAGUAGCUGUUCUAAAGAGAGCGAUUACUUACUUAGAAGCCAAAUAAUUUGAUUAGGCAAAAGAGGAUUUACAAAAAAUUUUGAAUGAUGAUCCUUAAAAUUCUGAAGCCUAUUACUUUAAAGGAAUGCUACAUUACAAACAAAAAAAUUUGAACGAAGCUAUUCUUUCCUUCGAAUAGGCUAUCAAGCAUAAUAAUUCAAGAAAAGCUGUCACUAAAGCAUUGUAUGAAAUAUCUAAAAUAAAAAUAGAAUUAAGAGAUUUUUAUUAAGCUUAUCAUACUCUCUAAAGAGCAGAUUACUUAGAUGUUGAUCUCAAAUCUCUAGAAAAGUUUAGAAUUUUUACUGAUGGUGUGACAUUUUUAAUGAAAAGAAAACACAAAGAAGGUAUUAGAAACUUGACUAACCUAGUUAAAAAUUACAGUUUGGGGGAUUUCCUGAAGCCAUUGGUUUAUACUUAUAGGGCAUAUGGGUAUUUUUGUUUAGGAAAGCAUUAAAAGAGUUUAAAUGAUUUACAGUUUAUUGAAAACUUCUCUAAAUUAGAAAAACCUUCUAUCUACAAUAAAUUAAUAUGUGAAGGUAUUAUAUCUGCAUAAAAUAAUUAAUUUGAGCAAGCAAUGAAUUUUUUCAACAAAGCCAACAAAAUACUCCCAUAAAAAAUGGAACCCUACUUCUAUAAGGCAAUGACCUUGAUUCGCUUCUCGAACAAGUUAAUUCCUAAAACAGAUGAAGAUAAGCGUCUUUAAUACAAGCAAAACGCAUUAAAAAAUCUUGAUAAGGGAAUUGAACUUAAUGAUUCUAAUUCUAAUAUAUAUUUCCAUAGAGGUUUAAUAAGAUUCUCUCUUAGUCAAAUAAAUGAAAGUAUUAAGGAUUUCGAUUUAGCUAUUGAAAAAGCAGAGGAGAAUCAAUCUAAGUUUCACUAUGCCAGAGGCUUAGCAUAUGGCUGUAUAUAAUAGUAUAGAUAUGCUAUCAACGAUUUUACAUACGCUAUUGAGAAUAACCCAAAUUAUGCUAAUGCCUACUUAAAUAGAGCUAAAUGCUUGCAUCUCUUUGGAGAUAAAAAUUAAGCUUUUAGAGAUCUAUAGAGAUACAUAAGUGUUAAAUAAAACGAUCCUGAUAUUCAUUUGUGGUCUGGAAAUCUCCUCUUUAACAUAGGUGAAUUCGAUGAUGCAGUCAAAACAUAUUCAAAUGCUAAUGGAAUAAACAGAAAUGCAGACAUACUCUUAUUACGUGCUAAAUGCUUUAUUGCACAUAAGGAGUUAAAUUAAGCACUUCUCGAUAUGGAUAGAAUCAUCGAACUUUAAACUGAAAAAACUGAGAUGGUAAAGUAUGAUAAAUUAUGUUUGAACUCAUUGAAAAUUGCAUCUUAGAGUUCAAGUGCGACUGAUUAAUAGGGAUAAAGCUUUUUCUUCAAAGAAGCACUUGCUAAUAUAAAACAAUGUAAAAAUAUUGAAAAGGGUAUUGAAGGCAUCUGCUUUAAGAGAUCUGAUUAUCAUUUCUAUAAAGCUGUAUACUACUUUUAUCUCAAAAACUAUGAAAAGGCCAUGAAAAGUCUAAAUAAAUCUUUCAAAAUUAAGAAAGAUUAUGCUGAAGUUGAGCGUAAGAAAAAAUUAGAUGAAGAAGAUCUAGCUCAAUUGAUGGAAUAGUAUGGAGAAGAGAAUGCUUACAUACUAACUUCAUUAGAAGAAUACGAAUUUACUAAUAGAACUUAUAACGUCUAUGAGCAUUACUUCAAUAUAGCAGCUAUUUACAUCAUGUAAAAGGAUUACGAUAAUGCAUCUAAGUAUUUAUUAGAGUUGAGAAAUAUUAUUGAGUAAGAUGAAAACAUAAUUAAGUAAAUUGAUAUUCUAUUCUAAAUUUUGGAGGAUGAAUAAGAAAAAAGUGAUGCUAUCUUUUCUUAAAUUGAUGAGUAAGCUUUAGCAGAUAUCUACAAUAUGAGAUUCUUCCCUUUUUCAGGCAGACUUUGUUCUAUCUUCCCAAGAGUAUAAACUGGUUUCUCAAUCUACAAAGAUUUCAGUAUCAAUUUGUAUUUCUGUCUUCCUAAGGUUGAACCUCCUUCAAUGAAACCUUGCUUUGAUGAAUCACUUCUAGAAAAUUUGCAGCCUACUGCAGUUGAAAAUAAGCCUGAAGCUCCUUGGAUCCGUAGAACAUCAGAAGGUAUUAUAUUUACAGAUAAUGUACAAUACUUUGAUGAUUUAGACUUGAAGACAGAGAGUACAAGAGGAUCAGCUCGUCAUAAUGAAGAAGACAAUGGAUAAGCUGGAGCUAGAUAAGAUAUAACUAAUGAACAAAUAGAUGUAAGCUUUAAGCAUAAUGAAAAUAGAGAUGAUAAAUAUAAAAAACCUGAAUUUGAUUGUGAUGAGCUUAUGAAUGAUUUAUCUCAUUAUCUUUAUUAAGAUUAUCAAGAUAUAGAUUACCUCUAUGCAGGUGAAGAACCUGUUUACAAAUAAUCACCAUAAGUAGUUGAUAAAUCUAAGUUAAAAGAUUUACUAAAAUUAGAUGAUGAUAUUGAGAAAAAACUAGCAAAACUAUAAAAAAAGAAUAAAGAUUAAUGA